AUGUCCACCUUCGGCACGAAAUGCGCAGGCCACGAAGGCGCUGGCGUCGUAGUCAAACUCGGCAAGAACGUCACAGACUGGAAGAUCGGCGACCGCGGCGGCGUGAAGCCCCUCUGGGAUGUAUGCCGCAACUGCGAAGAAUGCUGGAACGGGCGAGAGAACUACUGCCAGAAGGGUGUUUACACGGGCCUCAUGGCGGAGGGGACGUAUAUGCAGUAUGUUACCAGUCCGGCGAAGUACACCAGUCGGAUCCCCGAUGGAGUGCCGGAUGAGGUUGCUGGGCCGAUUAUGUGUAGUGCUAGUACGAUGCAUAGGGCGCUCAUUGAUAGUGGGUUGAAGCCCGGGAACUGGGUCGUCUUUCCUGGUGGAGGUGGAGGAGUGGGAAUUCAGGGUGUGCAGCUUGCUAAGGCCAUGGGCAUGCGUCCAAUCGUCGUCGACAGCGGCUCUCAUAAGAAAGACCUCUGCAUGAAGAUGGGUGCGGAGGAGUUCAUCGACUUCAAGGAACAUACCGAUGUCGUGGCCAAGGUCAAGGAAGUCGCCGGUGGUAUUGGUGCGCACGGCGUUCUGGUCACAGCCUACCAGUCUUACAAGGACGCCAUCAACUUCAUCGGCGACCGCAUCGGUGGCACAGUCAUGACCAUCGCUCUCCCUCCAGCUGGCACCAUCGUCCUUGGAACCGAUCCUAAUUUUUUCUCGUUCAAGAAUUUGCGUAUUAUUGGUACAUUGGUUGGCACUAUGCAGGAUACUGCUGCUUGUCUCGAGUACUCGAGGCGUGGUCUGCUGAAGAGCAUCACGCACGCCUUCCACAACAAACACAUCGUGGACUCUGCCAACUCGUACUCUACGCCGCACUCUUACAUCGUGGAUCCAGACGGGUCUUCCAUCCAUACCACCCCAUCUCUGCGCGGCAGCGCCCACGACUCACCCCCCGGCAAAACUGACGUCGACUCGCACUUCCGCUUAGAGCCAGCAUCCACGCGACAGGAGGAGUCGUCCUCAGCCGCGGCCGAAUCCCCACCGCCCUUCUCCUCACACAACUUCCCCGUCCGCUACUUCCCGGCGCCCUCCACCGUUGACCCCUACCGCGCCCUCGUCACCGCCUGCGGAGACACCGAGUCCCUCACCGCGCUAGCGCCUAGUGGGCCUGCACCGCCAUUCGAAGAGAGGGAUAGUGUUGCAACCGCUUCUUCCGUUCUUGCUGAGACUAAGGCUGCGCUACCGAGGGAUACUAAGGAUAGCAAGAAUCUUGACGACGGAGAGCCACCGCCUCCCUAUACCGAAGGUUCCAGUCCGCUAGAGGGAUUCACAUACGUUAUGGCGGCUGCAGGAGGUGCGGCAAGCAUCCUCACGCAGGUGCAGCAGGGAGGGCCAGCACCGCUCAACACCGCUCUUGGCGGAGGAUCUGACGAGAACAUUACGCUCGAGCUACGCGGCACCCGCUUCACACUCUCCCGCGAUGAACUGCUCACCCUCCCCGAAUUCGUCCUCCUCUCGCUCUUCCCGAACGGGCUCCUCCCAGAAGGCCACAUGAAUAGCUACCACGAAGGCGAUGUCUACCCGGUCGACGUAAGCCACCCCCAACAAAUCCACAUCGUCACCCAAGUGGGCAAAGCUCCCACUGUGACCGUCCAACAGAUCCACAGUGUGGCUUGCAAUCCCGAUGUAUAUUUAUCUGACAUGAUUUAUCACGCACAGUAUGAUCCCACCUCGCUUCAAUACAUGCUCGAGUUCUUCCGACAUGUGGCGCAGACGAUUCCGCAGCCGAGCGAUGAACAUGCUGCUCAGCAGUCGAGUCAAGACCCGAUGUCGACGACCAGCACGAUGCCAAUUGAGCCUAUGCCGGGCAAUGCAAGGGAUAUGUUGCAAGAUCGUGCUGGCAUCAUCGUGCUCAGGGAGGAUCUGGACUUUUACGUUAUCCCGCCGACGAAGAAUAUCGAGCAUGCUGAGAUGAUUGAGGUCAAGCGUGCAGCUGGUAAGGCGUUGCUGCGCCAGGAUGGUAUUUUCUCUGGUCUGCGGAAGAGCGAGGAGCCUGGUACGACGGAGCAGCAUCUUAUCGAGAUGUUGACGGCGGGCGGCUUCGAUCAUGCGGACAUCUGGGGCCACCGCGCAGCUGAACCAAACAAAGCUGUUAUCUGUUCGAUCGCCCUCGCACGUCUACGAACAGAUAUCCGUGGCGAGUCAGCGAACAGCAACGCCGUUGGCAUGGCCCAGAAACUCCUACUCUUCUGGCGCAAACCUGCUCGCAGAUGCUGGUGGGAGGGAGUCGAGCUGGACCACGUUGACGGAGUCGAGGGUAAGCUGAAGGUCUGGAUCAGGCGAGUGUGGACUCUGGAGAUGGUAGGUCCACCGCGCGAGAAGUGUGCUGCGUGA